AUGGCAGAAGGCACAGGGUCAAGCAACGAACAAGAGGCAGAGCAAUGGGUGCAAGAGCACCACCACAAACUCCCACUCGAAGAGCUUGAUCCGACUCCGCUCGAGAAUACCAAGGAGCUUGAGAAUGCCGCUGCCGUGGAACUCGACCAGCGGUUUACGUGGAAGAAAAUCGGCACCAUUGCUGCAUGCGGCACAGCGCUCUUCUCCGAUGGUUACGUCAACGGCUCUAUGGGCAACGUGAACACGAUUCUGUCCAAGCUAUACAAGGAUGUAAUGCAGGACAAAUCCUCCACGGUUACUGCGAUCGGAUUUGCCGGUACGGUUGUGGGAAUGCUGUCUUUUGGUUACUAUUCGGACGCUGUCGGCAGGAAGAGCGGUAUGAUCAUUGCUGUCCUUAUCAUCAUUGUGUUUUCUGCGCUGUCAUCCGGUGCGUACUACAAGGGCGAAACUGUUGGCAUGGUGAAUAUGCUGAUUGCAUGGCGCUUCUUUACUGGUGUUGGGGUCGGCGCUGAAUACCCCACUGGCUCGGUCGCCGCUGCCGAACAGUCGGAAGAGCUGCCGAAGAAAAUGCAGCAUACCCCCUUCGUCUUGUCGACCAAUUUCGUACUGUGUCUUGGCUCUGUGGCCGCCUCAUUUGUGCCUCUUGUGCUCACCUGGAUAUGCGGUGAAAACCACAACCGACUGAUUUGGCGUCUCACGCUUGGCCUUGUCAUCGUGCCUUGCCUGCUAGUGCUUCCUUUCCGCCUUGUCAUCAAGCAAUCGUCCUUGUACAAAAAAGGGGCACUUUCCGUGCGCAAGAUUCCGUAUAUACUCGUCAUCAGGUACUACUGGUUCCGCCUACUGUGCAUCUCGGUGGUAUGGUUUAUCUACGACUUUAUCAACAUGCCGUUUGGUCUCUUCUCGUCGAUGAUCACCACCACGAUCCUAGGCAAAAGCGCGGAUACGGCGCCGCAAUGGCAAGCUUUUGGAUGGAGCACACUCAUUGCCGCUUUUGGUCUUCCAGGUGCACUUCUCGGUGCGUUCACAGCCUCUUUUAUCGGUCCCAAACGGAGUUUUAUGAUUGCGUUGGCGCUUCAAAUCAUUAUUGGGUUUAUCAUGUCGGGUCUAUUCAGCAAGCUGAAAGACUCUAUGGCUGCCUUUUGCGUUGUGUACGGCCUGUUCCAAUCAUUUGGACAGCUGGGACCCGGAAGUAACCUGGGGCUUUUGGCCUCCAAGUCCAGCGCCGCCUGUGUCAAGGGCCAGUUCUACGGCGUCGCUGCUGCUAUCGGCAAGAUCGGCGCUUUUGGCGGCACAUACGCAUUCAAGACACUACAGUCGCACUACACAAAAGACGACGAUCGAUGGUACACUGUUCCUUUCUACCUCGCGUCUUCGCUUGCGUGCGUCUCGCUAGUCAUCCUUACGCUAUUCAUCCAGGAACGCAACGCGGACUGCCAGUAUCAGGAAGAGAUCGAUUUCAGAAGGUUUCUUGCGCAGCAUGACUUUGACACGGGCCAAAUGGGACUCCCCGACGACACCAGCAUCAAAACAAUUGGGUCGGGCGACACGUUCAUCGGGCUGGACGAAAAGGAUGCCCAUGAACGUGCAUACCCAUAG